AUCGUCUUACACUUGCUAAUUUGGUCCACAAACCACAGCGUGGACACUUCAUUGACAGGGAAUACGCGACGAAGGGGUUUUGUGACGGUGAAAAUCGGCGUGUAAUUGUCUCUGGCGUCUGUGGCGAUGGCGUUCCCAGUUUUUCUCAGCGCGCCCACCCGCCCCCAAUCGCCGUGCCAAUAAUGGUGUUUCGGAUUGAGUUGAACGGUGCCAUCGAGUGGCCAGCAGCAGCAGCAGUGUAAUACGCGGUUCGCAAUGGACAUUUUCUCCGCCUUUUCCAUCGCUCGCCGCUGCCAUAGAAGUGUGUGACAAAUGUCGAAGGGAAAAUGGAACCAUAAAUCACAAACCACCACCCUCGCGCACCGUUACCCUCCCAUCCGUUUACUACCAAGUGCACCUGCUCUCUCUCUCGCUGACACUACCACCAACAGCAGCAACAGCAGCAGCAGCACUAGCAGCGUCAUUACCCUUAGCCCGGGUUCGGAUCCGCGAAAUUAAUGUUGUUUAUCUCGCGCUGCUGUGGCGGUGUUUUUCACCCUACGAGCGACCCCUCCCCCCUUCCCCUUUGGCGGUGAGCACGGGAAAGGCUGGGAAAAAUCUUCGUAAUUAGUAUCGAUUACAGUGCUCUGCAGUGAAAGUUCCGUUUCGGUUCCAAAUGGGACGGGUUGCAGCAACAAAAAAAAAACGGAGAGAACGUCCAACACCAAACGCGGCACGGCCGCACUCGAGAGACAGAGAAAGCGAAGGGGAGCGACCUCUCGGCAUCAGUAUCUAGAAGUGAUGGUGUUGCAGAUUUGUGAUUCGUGAUAUGUGCGGACUUUUGUAUCCGAUAGAAUCUGCGCCGUACUAGCCUAUCGUAUUGCUCUCCACACAUCCGCGUGUGUGUGUUCAUUCCGGGUCACGUUUUUAAAGUACACGUUAGACGCCACGGCGUCGUCUGUCGGUGGGGUUUUUGGGUGGCCGUGUGGCCGGGGGUUAUAUUGAAAAAUGGGUCACCGAAUUAGUCGCCUGCUGGUGGUCGCGUAGUGGUCUGGUGGUGGUGCUAUGUAGAUGAGCGACAGCGUACGCGAUGCAGCAUCAGCAUCAUCAUCACGCGCGUCGUUACCAUGUGUGUCGUUGGUUGCUACGAUUCAUCGGACAUCUUUGCUUAUGCUAAACGGAAACUUCUAGCGCAAUAUUAAAUUGACCUGGUGCGGAGAAAUCCGGGAGCGGGAUCGCAGGAAUCAUCAUUGAGGAAGUCAAAUCACGCAUCGUGUCCAGCAGCGUGGCACCUAGUUUACCGUGGAGAUAUAGUAUUUAGCGUAUAGAGUGGCCGAGCGUAAAGGCCUCUCCGCUUUGCCUUCUAAGUCACGUAGUAUAUCCAAUCGUACGUGUCGCCGUGUACGCUGGACAGUGUCAGUGCCUGUGUGUGUGUGUGCGUAUGUGUGUGGAUUUGAAGGAAAAGCUAAAGAAGGCGUCCAAGUUGGACGGAGAAAUGCGAAGCGAAAUAUCGUAAAUCGAAGGAAUGGCAACGAAGGCGACGAUGGCGCUACACGCACCGCAAAAGUAGUGGACAACCGCGCGCGAGUUUGAGAAAGUCAGUUUUUGCUCGAAAAAAUACGAAAAUAGGUUUGGCGAGAUUUGCGUGUUGUGCCGGGGUGCUGGGAAUGAAUCCAUUGCUUUUUUGCUCGUUGCCCCAUUCUCGCCCCCUUCAUUCAUUAAUUCUGUGGCAUUAACGCAAAAAACGGGAAAGACGAAAAUAGGAAAAUGUUUAGCUGUCUCUGGCAAUUGUGGGACUGGAUUGAUCCACCCACCUUCACGACGAUGGAGAGCAAAAAGCUGCAGCAACUGCAGCAGGCCAACUCACACCUGGCCCCGAUGCCGCAGAUGAAAGGGCCCGGUUUCCAGCAAGCUCCACCCGGCGGCUAUGAUUACGGAACAUCGGGAGCGACGGGGCUAGGGCACGGUAGAUCACCAAUGUAUGUAGCGACCGGUGGUGGACCGGGAACCGCUGCCGCCGGUCAAUAUCAAGCGUACGGUGCUAAUUAUGGACAGCAUCCUUCGCUACGGUCACCGUACUCUACUGGUAGUCCCAAAUCAUCGCUCAGUACCAACAGUGGCGCUCUCUACGGAGCAACGGAUGGUGGCGAGUUGUCUUCAAACAGUGGCGGCGAUCGGCAUCUACUUCAUCCACAUCACCAACAGCAACAUUAUCGUAGUAACACGCUCGGUGCAAGUAGCUAUGGAUUCGAACAACAGCAGCAGCAGCAGCAUUUGCAGCGAGUUAGCUCGCCAUCUAGUAGCGGUGAACGGGAGCGCCUCUAUCAAACGGCACCUCUCGUGCGCAACGCUGCAGUCGGUGGUGCCGUCGGUACGCCACAUUCGGUGGCCAGCAAUAGUAGCAAUGCGCACGCACCGAUGUCCAAACUGGAGCUACAGUUUCAGCAGUUGCAGCGCGAAAAGAUCCAGCAGCAAAUCAAAACCGCCACCGAGGCGAUCGCGCACCAACAGCAAACGUUCGCCUUGCGCCAGCAGCUGAACCCACCGGUACCGAACUACCAUUUGAAACAGAAUCUGCUGCAAAACCUUUCUCAGCACCAUCAACAGCAGAUUCAACAGCAGCAGCAGCAGCAGCAGCAGCAGCAGCAGCAGCAGCACCAGCAACAACAACAACAACAACAGCAGCAGCAGCAACUGCAGCAGCUACAACAGAAGCAGCAGCAGCAGCAGCAGCAGCACCAACAGCUACAGAAACAAAAUCCUCCUCAGCAGCAUCUUCAUCCUCAGCAGGCGGCGAAACAGCAAACAGAGAGGCACCAGCAGCAGCAAAUGCAGCAGCAACAGCAGAUGCAGCACAGUAUGAAGCAGCAACACCAGCAACGUUACCCUGGCAAUGGCAAUCACAAUCGAAAUGUACCGCCAUCUAGUUUAAACCUUCUAAAUCACUGCCAACCAGCCGCAAACGAGAAUGAUAAAAUGGUUCGUGGCAAUCAUCAUCCAUCGGGCUCAUCUUCGGUGGCGACAGGUGCGUACCCUGUCGGAGAUGAGGAUGCGUUGUACCAGAAGAGUGGCGGGUUUUCCAGUGUUGCUUCGCCGCUCGCGGCCGGCGCUAAUGGUGAAAUUAUUAUCCAGCAAAACAUUCCCGGUCAGGUGGUGAAUCAGGCCUGCCAGACACAAAUUAGCUCGCUGGUAACUGGCGGUUCCGGAAAACAGCAGCAGCAGCAGCAGCAGCAAUCGAUCAAGCCUUCGCCAUCCGAUACACUCUCUUCGCCGUCACACGAUUCGAUUGAACGUAAGCGAAGCACCGGUGGUAGUGGACAGCAGCAUACACUGAAAUCACCCGUCACCAAGCGUCCGGCCAAUGCGGUCGUUGCACUUUCGGGAUGGUUGUACAAGCAGGGCUCGGAAGGGCUCAAGGUAUGGCGUCGUCGAUGGUUCGUGCUGUCGGAGUACGUGCUGUACUACUACAAGGGCCCGGAAGAGGAGAAGCUGCUCGGUACGGUGCUCCUACCUUCGUAUCGAGUAUCGGCCUGCUUCCCGGAGGAUAAGAUCUAUCGAAAGUUCGCCUUCAAGUGCGAACAUGCCAACAUGCGUACGUUUGUAUUUGCGGCCGAAAAUGGUGAAUCGAUGAGCCAGUGGGUCCGUGCCCUCACACUGGCCACAAUGAUGAUGCAGGGUAGCGGAGCUGGUGAGAUGGAUUCCGCAAACCUUCAACAGCAACAUCAAGUGUCGAGCGAUACGUCGAGUGGAACGACGAGUGGUGGCCAAUCACAUGGUUCUAGCGACACAGCAAAGAUGGCUCAGCAUGCUGGCAAGCAGCCGGUGUCUAAUGGAAGCAACGGUGCCGGUGGGACGGCCACUAACCAAGAGAGUAAUUCCCUCCCGCAACCGUUGUACGCCAAUGCGCCACCUAAACCCAGACGCGUCAAUGAUGCCGGAUAUUCUUCGCCCAGUCCUGACCAUGUGAUUCUGAAUGAUCGAUAUGAUCACAUGAUACAGCAGCAGCAGCAGCAACAAUUGGUGGGAGCUGGUCAGUUCCCUUCCGGUUCAGCUCCGGGAGCCCCAAUGAACAAUCGCAUGGGAGGAGCUGGGUCAAUGAACGCUAUUCUGUCAGCGAAUGCCAUCUACGGAGAUCCUAAACGCAUAGAGCGGGAUUUGUACAUCCAGAAGCUCAUCGAACAGCAACAACAGUCCCAGUUAAAUGCACAAAAGCAGCAGCAGCAGCAACAGCAGCAGCAGCAGCAGCAGCAACAGCAACAGCAACAGCAGCACCAGCAGCAGCAGCAAGUUGGUGCAAUGCAAGCAUCGCCACUGCAUGGCCAAAUGAUGCGCGGUAAUGCGGGACUUUCUACCAACCCAUUCCUGUAUCCAGCUAGUAAUGAUCGGCGCACUCCGGAUACAUACGGUCCGCCUAAUUCUGCCGUCGAUCCGAAACAUAUGUCCGAUUACGAGGACAUUUACAACCUGACAAUGCUCUCGAAAUCACUUCCCACCAAUGCACACGGUCCGGUUGAUAGUUCAACAAGUGGCAGUUAUAAGCGGCCAGCCAGUCCACAACGUUAUACCGGCAGCGGUGGCAUUACAUCGGGAUCAUAUGGAACGCCUAACACUUCUUAUAGUGGCAAUCCCUUCGAGACCCCUGCAAUGACACCACAGCAUCAGGUGCAGAUGCGAUCACCCAGGUCGAUUCCACCGUCCAUACCUCGACCCCAUUCGGCCGACUUUUUAGACUACGAGGCAAGGCAUCCAUUGAAUCAGGGUCCCGGAGCUAGUGGCAAUGACGAGCAUCAAUCGACGCCCCAUCGAACACCACGACCCAAGUCCAGUCUCGACAUUAAUCGCACACCUGAUCACUACUACUAUUCUGAGGCGAGCUAUGCCGAAAAGAUGCGCCUUCAGAGUGCAUCGUAUCUGCAGCGAACGGCCAACAACAGCGUCGGAAGCGUUGGAGUUUCACGCAAGCAACGAUCCGAUGAUACGCAGGGAUCGUUUGUCGGUGGAACAAUUCCACGCGAUGGUCUGUUGUAUCGCAGCGGCAGCGGGAAGCUGUUUCCCAACACGCCACAGCACGGCCAACCACAGCAACAACAUAACCACAUCCAGUACAUGGCCUCUGAGGGUGACUUCAUGCAUCCCGAGGGUGGAGGAUCGCUAAGCAUGCCCCGACCAUCCGCCACUGGCGAUCGUAUCGCAUCGGGUGCACGACCCUCAGUACAGAGCCUGAAGAAACCAGGGUCCGCGGCCGCCGUACAGCAGCAACAACAGGAACAGUUCGCUCGGUCUGCGAGCGCUCGCUUACCGCGCAAAGACGAGGAUCCUGGUGUACGCGAUGGAGAACGGAAACGCGAAGAGUCGAUGAAGCGAUUGCUCGAAUGGAAGCAACGGAUGCUGCAAUCACCGUUGACGAAGAAGAUCACAAGUGGACAGCAGUCGGUAACAAUGGCAUCCGUUGAAUCGCUGCAUCGUGAAUCGAACUCUUCGCUGCUCGCGGAUCGUUAUGGUGGCGGUGCAGGUGGGGGCACUGCAGCAGAGUACUAUGGUCAGGCCCAGCAAGCACUGGCAGCAUCGUACGAACGUCAAUCGAUUGGCGAUCUUACACGCAUUGGCAGUAGUGCAGCAGGCAGUGCGAGCCAUCACAGUAGUGCGAUAAAUGUGACUCAAGGUGCGUACGGUAGUCAGCUGAAGCUGAACGGUGGUGACUACAAUAGCUACUCGUCGGAUGAUGAAGAUGGAAGCAAUUUUGCGCCGGCAGGAAGGUCAUCCCCACUCGUUAGUACCCCGGCGACUGCGCCCACCCACCAGCAGGCGGGUGGUAGUAGUAGCAAGGGGGUAGUGGUAGCAGACGCACGACACAUUCUAACACAACAACACAACCUUCGCCCCGGCUUCCUCCGAAAGGCCGCUGCCGCUACCGGAGGCCCACAAGAGGGCAGCACUGAUAGGAUGCACGCAUUAACGCAAACCUUCUACUCCGACACCGGUGGCGGUGAUGGUGAUGAUAAUAAUGAUAAAGUGGAUGGUGGCGAUCGUACGGAUGGGAGUUUGGUUAAGUUGAAGCUCGACGAGACAGGAUCUCAGGGCAGCAGUACUAGACCGGGCCAAAAAGAGCUAACCGUCGAUCUGUCGACGGCACAGACCCCAGGGGAGGAGAUGGACGAGGAAGAGGAGGUUUAUGAGGAUAGCUUAGUGAAUCAUGCGAGUCCUAGCGUAAGCCCUAACCUAAGCAUGGAUGCGAACGUUUAUGAGAAUAGUUUCGUUAAGCCACCUUCAAGGAUGGCGGAACAGCAGGAGGGAAUUCAGGGAAAAGCUAGUGCGACUCGUGCGUUCGGGGACAGCAAUUCGAGCGGGGAUCAACCAAGAACCGUUCCUAGUGGGGAGCUUGGCAAGGAUAACAGAACAAGCUUUAACGAUGGUAAUGGUAACGAUGGAUUGAAGGAUGGGGCACAGCAAAUGGUGUACGUACCGGUUUACAAGCAAACAGCGUCAUUAAGCAUAAAGGCUCUGCAUAGUGAUGUUGCCACUCUCGCUGGCAGCAGUGUACAGGAGGCGACUCCGCUCGAUGCAAGCGAAAAGACAUCACCGGUGGUUGAAGUCGUUGAACAAAAAGCACCGGCAGCCGAAGAAGACGAUGAAACGGAAGAUGUGUUCGAAUACACGGACGAUGAUCUUGACGAAGCCUUGCAGCAAGCGGAACCGGACCAGGUGGAAUCGCGAGAUGCGGAAUCGGCGGAACCACCCGAUACGGGUACAGUGAAGCGUGCGAACGUUGUUCAAAAGACGAGCUACGUGAGUGGAGCUGGUGGUGGUGGGGACGAGAUCGAUGAUGAUUUAUCGUUGCAGAUCCUCGAAGGACAUUAUAUGCCUAUGACACCACGGAAAAGCCUUAUCAGUGGGGCAACUAGUUUGACCACGCUGUCACCACCUCCGAAUCGCAAUAACAGUGGCCACGUGGAACAGACGGGUGCCCCCGUGGGUAAGCUGCGACCGAGCGAAAGCCUAACGGCGAUGGACAUAUUGAACUCGAUACAGAAGAGCACCAGCAACGAGAUGCAGAUAUGCAACAGUGCAGGGGCGCACGAUGAGAACACGUACAUCGAGAUGACGAGGGGUACGCUCGGUAAGAGUGUGUUCGCGGACGAGCUACGUACGAGUACCACGUACGAGGUGAUCAUGGUACCUCCAACGGGCGGUAUAAAAACCAAAUGGAGCAACAAUCAGGAUACGAAUCGUUCACGUGACUCACCGAAUCGAACGCCGGAUGCGGCGACGGAACCACUGUACAUGGAGCUUUCACAGUUACAGAGCAGAAGCGUCAUCAGCAGUACUAGCAUCGAAGCAGCCAGCAAAAUGAGCAAUCUACAUCCCGCAUCGUCGCCCCCGGUGAACGCGCGGAGUGAAAAGUUGAAGAAAACGCAAAACACUGACGGUAGUGGUGGUGGUGGUGGUGCUGCCGCUGGCCCCAAGCUGAUGGUUCCCUCUGGUGGUGGCAAGAAAAAGAAAAAGGAUAAGAACAACUGGCCCGAUAUACUGAUGCAGUCGAGCAAGAGUGACGAAAGUGCAAGCGAUUCCGAUGCGUACGAUAAAAUUGUAGAAGAAAAACGCAAGAAGAAACCGAACGCCCUCACAAGUGCUGGUAGCACCGCCAGCAAUGUGCCAUCAAAGGAGAAGAAAGGUAAAGCGUCUGCGGCGACCAUCAUCGCCGUGGAGCAGCACAACCGGAUCGGUGCGUCGCGGUCACGCUUUAGCCUUUCGGAUACGUUCCGUCCUGCAUCGUAUUAUCUUGGUGCGAGCGGAGGAAGUGGUUCGACGCAUGGUGUCACUACUGGUGGCACCGUAUUCGACACACUACUGGACAGUUCGGACAGUGAAAUCAUGUCACCACCACCGAUACCGAUCAGCUCGGUACCUUCGGACGAUCCGGACGGUGAUGGUGAGUAUCGUGGAGUGCGGCGUCGCGAGAAGUUCCGCUCGAACGAGGCGAUCAGUGAUCUGAUCAAAAGCCAUGCCCCCGAGAAGCGACAGUCGGUUCAGAGUCUGGUAAUAGGGAAUAGCAGCCACAGUGUAGCUCAUUUCGGCGGGAACUUAGCCUACGCUCGACGUGAAAGUGGUAGCAUCUCUUCAAAUCGAUCGAGCUUGCGAAGUGGCUCGCAAGGACUGCUCGCACCGUUUGUUGGAAAGCAACAGCAGCAACAACAACAGGCACCAGUAAGCACUAGUAAUUCACCGAUCGUACUCGAUCGGUACGAUGGUGUUUCGAAUGCUUCUUCGGAGUAUGAGCUGCUCCGAGAGGGUGCCACCCUAAGGGGAACGGAGCAGGGAUCCAAUAUUGCUGCUGCGGCGGGAGGAGUCGGUGGGCUGGACAGCCUAUCUAUACGCAGCUCCAUGACACUCUCGGAAACGAGUGGCUCGAUCGAGUGGCGCAGUCGUUCAUGUAUGGACGUGUCGAUGCGAAACAAACGGCGUCCAAUAUCGGGCAGUUCGGUCAACUGUCCGAUUGAGCUGGCACUCGAUGGGACCGCACCGGUGGCAGACUUCUAUGCGCCCAACUCCUCCUCCGGUGGUUCUGGACUGGAAAGCCAGUUUAACCGUUACCUCAGUAACGUGAACCACGAUAUGGUGAGUGAAAGUGUCCAGGACGGUAGCAGUACGGCAACGGGCGCCGAAGAGGACGAGUAUGGCAUGGCUGCCUCAAACUAUUCGCAAAAUGGACACGAUAACAGUAUCUACUACGAAAAUGUCGAUAUUAUGUCGGCUUCGGUGCGUACGAGCGAUGGUAGUAGCGUGAACAGUAGCACUAUACUAAGUCCGCUGCGCGAGAAGAACCUUUCCCUGCACGAUGCACGCUGUCAAUCGGAGUAUCUGAGCACGGUACAUGAGGGGCAUAGUUUGGAACUAGUGGCGGCGGCUGCUGCUGCUGCUGCUGCCGCCGCUACAAUCGACACAGCAUCACUCUCCUCCGCGAUGGAUCUCGAUCAGCGCAGCUCCUGUACGGUACGCUACGAUUACGAUCGUUCCAAUCAACCCACCAUCGGCACACCAACGGCGGAAUCGGGUGCCUACCACCAUCACAGUCGCAACAAUAGUACCCUAUCGUCCGAGUGUGCACCUUACUACUAUUCUGAUUUGCAGGGACGAUCGGAAGAAGAGGAGGAGCAAAACCCUCCCCAGCACUCAUCGUCAAGAGCGUCUUCCGCAGCCGGAGCAAAUAACUUGCGUUCCCCGGGUACCGCUGGCAGUAGUGGUGGUGCCGAUACACUCAACAAUCAGCGUGAUCCAGGUGGAUUACGGCGGCAAACGACGGGGAUCUUCCACAUACAGAAUCCACUUAACAACCUGAAGACGGCCAAUCUACUGCUGGAUGCGUCGGCUACUGAAAAGCACGCCGAGAUUGAUCGCAAGAAUCUCUACGAAUCAGAUCGGAUAGUACAGAAGGAUGUAAACAAGACGAUCGCCGCUACCACACUGGCCACCGGACACAUCACAAAUGGUUCAGCGACACUUGAUAGACGGCUCACCGGUCGACUAUCCAUGAUGAGCAGUGGUUCGACAGCCGGAACGUCACAAGAGAGGGGACAUCCGCAUGCGGGAGGCACGUCGGCGAGCGGUGGUACGAGCAUCCUACAGCAUCUGAUGGCCGCGUCACCAUCGGUAAACAUCUCAUCGGGCGAUCAGCUGUGGGAAGAGGAUCACCUGUGGCGCGACAACUUGCGGCGCGUGUCGCACAUUCACGCCAAAUCGAUGGACAAUCUCGAUCACCUCGGUACCAUUCGGUCACCGACUACGGCACUGAUGGCGGCGGCGGCGAGCAAGAAGCGAGAAGAGACCGAUCGGGAUGGAGAAUCAUCGGGGAUCGUGGAGAUAACGAAACCGACGGUCAAGAUCAACCGCCGGGAUGUGACGUACGUUAAUGAGGCAGUAGCCAAACCUGCAACCAUGAGCAAUGGUGGCGGCGAGAGUUCUGUCGCGGGUCAAGCGUUAUCGAGCCACUGCAGCAGCACCAGCAGCAACAGCGGUAACCAUCCAAAACAACUGGCUGCUUGUCUGAGCGCCGGUCACGACGAAGAAACGGAUGGAGACGAUGUAUAUGUGCAACUUGCGGCGAGCAAUGUACCGUCGACGGUGCGAAUGAUAGUGCAUGAGGCUGGCGGUACGCCCACUGGUAGAGAUGGUGGCAUCCACUGCUCAUCGCCAUUGUCCAGUGCCCGGGAAUCGGAUGCAGUGUACGAGGUGCUGCGGGACGAGGUGAACCGGUAUGACAUCAAUCGGGAAACCAUACGACAGUGGGAUCUGAUGUCGAGCGGAUUGGUCAACAGUGGUAGCAGCACCGGAAGCAGCAGCACAGCAAAGGCUCGAGAAGGUGCUGGUGUUGGUAGUUUUACCGCGGGAAGCCUGUCGGCCAAGUAUAUGGGAGCUUUCGGUUCAAUCGGCAAGCAGCAAUCGGAUGGGAUUCCAGCCAGUCCGAACAACAAUAGCGUCAACAUUAUCAGCAACAAUAAUUCAACGACGGCACGGUGCACCAGCAGCAACAGUGCCACUGCUGGUGAUAUACUGAUGAGAAAUGAUACGGACAGGGACAAUGGGAAUGCCGUUGAGGACGAAAGCCGCCAUCGACGUGAUGAAGCGCUGUUGCUUACAAGAUCUUCCAUUUCGGUGCGCAACGUGUUCAACAUUCCUAAGGUGGGGCUUACGGUGAAACCUGAUCCUUCGGAUGCGACCUAUAUGGCACACCAACACCACCAGCAGCAGCAGCAACAACAUCAUCAACUGCAAAUGCAGCAACAGUACGACAUGCUAACCGCUGAAUAUUAUCCGGACGAUAAGUACAUUCGGCCCGAUAUCAGCUUCGAAUCGACGCAUGAUCUGUACACGCAGGCACAGCUGCAGCGCGCCCAGGAGCUAAACUUGCAGCAGCACUACCAAUUGCAGGACAUCGAUAGAAGCCUUGCGACGAUGCAGGACCAUCAGCAGCAGCAGCAGCAUCAUGAGCCGCUGGGUGUCGCUUCGCCGCAAACGCCGCUAGGAUAUCAUCAUAUUCCUACUGAUCACCACCAGAAGGUGCUGAGUGAGAAUAAGCGCUCAUCGCAACUGGAAAUGAAGCCCUUAGACGUGUCUGCCGGAGAUUUGUUGAAUCGAACGCACGAAGAACUGAUACUUCUGCUGAUUCAAUUGCGGCGCCAAAACAGUCAGACGGCUCGAGCGAUCGAGCAAUGCUGCACGAACAUUCACGAGAUACAGAACCUGAUCCGUACUGCGGAAGGUGACCGAAAGGCGGAUAGCUUGGUGCGCCUAGAGGCACUGAAGCAGCAGUUGAUCGAGCUGGAGAAGCAGUACGAGAAAGAGAAACCGCUGAUUAAUCUCGUGGAUAAUAUGGUCAAGCUGGGAAGCCUGUACCGAGGGCCAAUGGUAGCUGGUGGUAGCAAACAGCUUCAAUCACCCGAAUCAGCUACCCUGGAUCGGCUGGAAUUUAAUCAGCGCAUGCAGGAACGGCGACUUCUGCAGGAAGAGCAGCGCCAGUGGGACCGCACUAGUCCGAAUCACGUCGAGCUACAGUCCAAGGUGCAGCAGCUUUACCAGAUCGACAAGCUGAUGCAGGAGGAAUCAGGCACACUGCAGGCACUCCAACGGGAUAAGGAAAAUCUGGAGAAGGCAUUGGCUACUCUGAAGACCCGUAUUUUGAGUCGUGAAGGUAACAUACCGGUAGCGUCGGACACGGCUAGACAGCAGCAGCACACGUUGGAGCGCGAAUUAUCUCGGGUGCAUCAGCUGUUGGCAGCCAAUUCCAAGAAAUUGGAAAAAACCGUUUCCACUAAUGCGCGGCUAGAGCAAGAAUUGUUGGUACUGCGUCAAAAACUGCAAGCGACCCGGGAGCAUCGCUCAAUGCAUUCUGUGUACGACUCGAAUGCGUCAAUGGACGGUGGCAUGGGUGGUGCUGCUGGUCAGUACACUACCGGCUCAGUGACAGCAGUUCUGGAGUCGGAAUUGAAGCGUGCUAAGCUGCUUGUCGGCGAUAUGCAGCGCCAACGGCAAGAGUUAGGGCAAGCCGUACGCCAGUUAACGGCUUAUGGAGAAUCGAACGGAACGCUGUCGCACUCGGACCGUCAUCAUCAGAUGGAUGAAAAGCAUCAUCACCAGGAGCAACAUCAGCAGCAGGGACAGCAGGAGAGCGAUGAUCAACAGCAUUCACAGUCGAAAUCGUCCAAACACAAGCGCAGUUUUUCAUCAUCUUGGGUUGAAACCGAUCUGGAUUCGACCGGUGGCAGUAAGGAUGGCCAGCACCACCGGACGCUUUCUUCAUCGAGCUCAAGCGUGCUGACAAUCGACGAUGAAAUGCAAAGUCUGUUCCUACCCAGCCAAGCUAGCAACAACAACAGCAGCAGCACACUGAUGGCUGGCCAUAAGUAUGCUCAAGAUGGAGAUGGUUCAAUGGAUGAGCUUUACAGUGGUGGCGGAGCGUACAGCUACGGGGCUGCCGCGAUGGCAGGAGAUAAGCAGGAAAUCAAAACGGUACGAAUCGUGAAACGCGAAUCGGAACGACGCAUGCGGGAUAAAGAAAAGAAUGAUCGCAAUAUAGCGCUCAGCUUAGAUCAGGUGCUCGAGGAGGAGGCCCAGCUGAUGGAGGAUUAUCAGCGAUCACGCUCGUUACCCCGCGGUUACGAGACGCAUGAGCUGUUCGUGCACAAUCAAGACACAACCGGUAGCAUUGGAGGACCCUCGCCAAUGGAUGGUAGUGGUCUGAUGAGUGAUUAUUACAGCAGCGUCGCGGCCUCGGCAAACGGUACUAGCUAUCCGGUUUCGCUUAUCGACCGACAGGCAGAUCUUUACACUGGGCACUUUGAACCCUCGUUGCAAUCGAAAUAUGUUAUGAAUGGCAGCAGUGAUGGUGGUUCCGAUCUAUACCACCAGCAACAACAGCAUCAGCUGCAGCAACAGCCCCAUCCUCAGUAUACGUCCGGUGCUUCUAGUAUGUCGACAUCUCUCGGUGCUAGCGGUUUAAAGCGGAAAACCGAAUCCAUUCAAAGCCUCACGAAUGCAAGCGCAGAGUUAGGGCCCGUGUUUCAGAGUGAAGCGGCCAAACAGAUCAUUAACGAGAUGGCUGCAACGGGUGGUGGUCCUACUAAUGCACUCGGAGACACCCCUAGUGGUGAUUCAGCUGGCAGUAGCAGUGGAGGUGAGGCGAAAGGAAUCUCGUCCGAACAGCAACAGCAGGCAGCAAUGCAAAGGCAGCGAGCUGAAACCCAAGCACGACAUCGACGGGCGGUACCGAAGGAUAAGCGACGUCACCAUACGGCUCCUCAUCACGUAAAUGCCAAAUCAAUCGAACUGAUGCACAGCGAAAACGAUAUGAACAAAAAUAAUGUCAAUUGGCGUGCGAGAGAUGACGUCGAUCUGGAGGUGACGAUUCGACCGCGCUCGAACGCACCGGACGUAGUGCGAUCGGCGUUAGGACCUCGAGAGAAAAUUUCCGAGCACACGAUCGAUAAGCUGUUGGCAGCACCAAGCAAGAUCCUUAUACCAGAGCGCUACGUCCCGGAGCAAACUCCUGAGCUGUCUCCAGAGGAGAAAAGGCGCCGUCAGGAGAAGGUGGAAGCGAUCAAAAAGAUGCUCUCCGACACGCCUAUUGGUAGUGGUGCUAAUGAACCCGGUGCAAAUCCUGCUCCGAACGCCGAGAAAAAGCAACGCGAGCAUCUUAUUCAGCUGAAUCAGAUACUUGCCCAGCAGGUCAUGCAAAUGAGUAAGAUCGUUGCAGAAAACUCGUCCGCCGUGCUUCCAUCGAAGAUCAAGCGAACCAGCAGUGCCCUCAGUGCAGUGGCAGCAGCAAACAGUAAACUGUCCCAUGACGAAAAAGAUCACUAUGAAUCGGACCUAGAGGAUUACGAUACGGAUUCACCGGCGGAACCACUUCCCCUGUAUCAACAGCGUGAGAAUUACUUUACCUAAGCCCCACCCAGAUUAGCCGGGGGCAGAAAUAAUUAGGGAGGAAAAUAUCAGUUGACUUCCGUCCGUGUCUUAGUAGCCAAUUUUCCUAUGGGAGCCGUAAUGCAAAAGCUUACACGAUAAGAGCUUCGAUAUGGAGGGGAAUGGUGCUAGGGACGAUGCAGCACGGUGAAACACAUACGAUCUUCCAGACAAACCCGUAUUUCAGCCUUAGGUGCUAAUUGCUACCGAUCCUAAAGGCUCGUUGAUUAGAUAGAAACUAUUUCAAACAGUUUCAUCUCGAUACUGACCGCCAUUACUUUUGAGGCAUUGCCAAUUCCUUUUGUACCCUACAGCCAAAAGGAAAUGCUAGCCAUAGGGCUUUGCAAGUUACCGCUGUGUUCAUAAAUCACUUAUGCUGCAGAAUACUAGUGAGGUCGCACUACUGGCUUUGAAGACGGCUAUACCAGUGAAUUAAUAUCGAACCAAAUAUGUAUCAAUUGACUACGCUAGGGCAGCAAGGGUAUCUACACAAGCUACUCCACCUAACUCUCAACGACAUAUGCCGUAGUGUACUGAGCGUGCGGGCAAUCAUUAGUGAAGUACCUUGGUACUGCCAUCGAAACCGGUUUCUUAUCUAAUCAAGACGCCCAUUACCUAUGAGUUUUGGUCUAUUUUGGUGCAUUGAUAGCAAGCCAACUAGACUCGAUCUUAACGGAUCUUAGCGGAAUUAUUGGAUCGAAUGUCCUGUAAAACGGGAAGCUGGAACGCUUACAUUUGGUUGUAUUUUCUAAACAUCAAAUCUAAAUUAGCUAAUUCCGCGAUCGUCGGGCUUAUGCAUCGGUAACCAAUCGCAUCAGCAGCAGCAACACCAUACUGGUGCAAUGGUUGAUCGAUCACAGGUUGGUCUCGAUUCAAUUAAGCAGGCAAUUUUUUGGGUUUGGCUUUGCUAUGGAAAAUGCGAAAACAAAGUACUUGAAACACAGUGAGAACGAUAAACGUAGGCGGCAAAUAUUCAGAUGAAAGGAAUAUAAAACAUACAUUCGUAUCGACAACGCAUUACCUGCCUAACUACGACUUAUAUUAUUACCGCAAAAUUAGUGCAUCAAUUAUCAAGUAUUAGUGAUAACAGCAGUGGAAUGGAGCAGUUUUGAAAUAGAGCAAAAGCAAGAAAAAAUAUCAUAAAUCACCCUAUCAACACACACACCCAUACACACCACAACAAGAGCUUCUCUGAGCGAUUACUAUCGUUCGAUCCAAGUAGAAUGGUAAGCACUACUUCUUCUUGAGAAAUCCAUAUCAUAAUCGCAAUCGGCUUUAACAAAAAAAUCGAAUCUCACCAUCUAGCAUAGAUCGUGUAACAUUCAAGCUCGUAUCUAGCUUUUCGGUUUCAUCUGGGUUUUGAAGAUUCGUUAGUGGGCGAUGAUCCUUUGUUCUAGCGGACUGAAACCUAAUCGUCCUCGCAUUUGCUCAAACAGACGAGAAGUGUUCGGAACUGAGAAUGGAAUAGAUGAGUGUAGCUGCAGUCAAUUAUGAAUUGUUGAGAUGCAGCGGAAGCCUGCAGACGGAUAUUUUCCGCUUCAUUGUUGCUUUCCUUUCCCAUAUCACCUGCGAAAAAAAAAACAGCUCGAUCACAGCAAGUGUCAAUCGAAAUUCGUAUACAAGGAAGGUAGUGCUGAUAACAAAGUCUGUAAGAACAAGCUAACUGGAUGUGGGAGAUAAAUUAUUCAAUGAACGUAACCCAUACCUUAUCACAGCCAUAUUAUGACUCUUGAACUAUUCGCAAUGUUUAGACAUAAAAUUAACCCCAACAGUAAAAUCGUUAUCAAUUAACGCAACCGUAACUCGGUACACACUUACUCGGUACAACAACUCACACAUCAAGCAAUAGUCCGGCACAGGCGAGUCACCCAUUAGAAGGCGAAGAUCAGAUAAUGUUACUAGCCCACAAACACACCUAACCAAUAAUCCACCAAAUAACGAUCAGUAUAGGAUGGUCACAUGUAUGGCCACCGGUCGCCUACAAUUAUUUGCUCAGUCAAUUUGUCGAAAAAUGACGGUGAUGAUCGUUCUAUUCGGUUGUCAAUCGGACGGGGUUAUUGGAGAAGGGGUGGGAUGAAUAGCUGGAUCGACGACAAACGCAGUAUUCUAAAUUGUCAAUAGGGUACCAGAGCCAAGGAGGGGAGUGAUACCAGACAUCACACCAGACCGACUCUGGCCGCAGAAUUCUUGUGAUAAUUCGAUGUGUUCCGGUUCGCUUUGUUUCGUUAGUAUCAUUCACACUGUGUACUAUGGUGGGGUAGCUUUUAGAGAGCAGAGGACGGCCGUAGAGCAUGUUUAGCGAUGCCAUAAUGUGAGAAUCGCUGCAAAUGGAACCACUUCACUUUUUCUCCAAAAAAUCCUUAAUUCAUCAAAGAUACCUGAUUUGAGUUGAAGGGAUGUAGAGUCGAGUAGAAAAGAAAAGUGUUGAGUGGAAUGCAGGCGAGGCGAGACGAGCUAGCUCAAUAUUUUAAAUCCUUCCGUACAAAACUCGGUCACUAAAACACGAUGCUAAUGAAGACACUGUUCUUUUACCGGCAAGCCAACAACUAGUAGUACAAUUUUAGCAAACGUAGAAGAAAGCACGCUCUCACGCAAAUAUAGAACGCAAACCGUGUGCGUUUCGUUUGGUAUUUACCACAACAGUAAAAAUGGACCACUGGUGGGUCCUGUAUUUGGAGGUUGUAAAUUAUUGGAAAUCGCAUUGCAUUGCACAUUUGGGUUUAAUUAUCCUUUUUUUUGUUUGUUUUCACUUUUGCAUUUUUUCCUGCCAUAUUAGAAAUUAUUCGUCUGUUGUGUUAUCUUCUUUUUAAUGUUGUGAGAGUGAGAGUAGGUGCCCGAAAUUGGUCAGAAACAGGAAGUGGCAUAUGCGGUGAGCGAUGGAUACAAUUUAAUUAGCCCUACAUUCCUUAGUGUUUACGUGAUGUAACCCUUGCUCAUUCACUUUGCAUGGUAUACCGCUCCAGUAAGAUGCGUUUAGAAGAGUGAUGUAAAUUUGAUUGCGCUCGAAAAGGUUUUUUUUCUUUUUAAAGAAAACUAUCUACCUAAUAAACAAAGCAUACAUUUUAAACUUAGAUGCAAUUAUAGGAAACAUUAUAUAAGACUCAUUACCACCAUUACCAACAUAAAUGAAUUGAGCAUAAAAUGGAUUUUCUUGCUUUCGCUCGGCGCUACGCAUCAUCAUCCCCAUAGCAACGAAAGCCGGCCUCGGUGAAUAGCUUGCGUAGGGAGGUAUUUUAGGGGUUAACAAACCCUGUGCCGAUUUGGCUACGGGUUGAUCCGGCUACAGGAGCGCAGUGCAUGGGCGAUUGAGAGCAAAUUAUAUGAGCAAAGACAUAGAGCGAAACAGAGAGGGAGAGAAAGAGAGUAGCGCAUAAGAUGUUAAAUUAUUAUUACUACUUAUGGAAAGAGUAAACGAUGAAUAAACUAUAACUUGUUGACGCAAGUCAAGAAACUGUACAAUAAUCAGACUGCAGUUGUGAAGAGAAGAGGUAAAGGGGAUAACACAACAACACCGAAAUCACAGGAACACGAAACACAAAGCAAACGAAACAGGCUGACGCAUAUAUACAUAUUAAACGUAAUAAACUUG